AUGGACGUAUCUUCACAAUUGGAAACUCGAACUUCAAAUUUUAAACCAAUAACCGUACCUGAAAAGCCAAUUCCUUUAGAUUUCGAUCUUGCAUUAUUGACUGCCUAUGAUAUAAAUGUUUUAGAUGAGACAAAAAUAAAAAAUGGCACAAAUAAUUACUUGAAAGAAUAUUCAAGAGAUAAUACACAAUUGUUAAUAAAUAAUAUAUAUAAAUCACAAUUAACAUCAUCACAAGAUAAUGGAACUGUAGCUGUAUUACCCGAACAAAAAACCUUGAUUCCAAGAGAAAAACCUUUGCCAAAACCAAAACCACCAACGAAAUGGGAAAGAUUUGCCAAAUCGAAGGGCAUACAGAAAUAUAAAAAAUCAAGAAAAGUUUAUGAUGAUGUAAAAGAUGAAUGGGUUCCUAGAUGGGGUUAUAAAGGCGCUAAUAACGAGGAGUUAAAUGAUUGGUUAAUACCUGUACCUAAUAAUUCUGAUCCAUAUGAAGAUCAAUUUGAUAAAAGACGUCAGGAUAAAAAAGAGAGAAUCAAUAAAAAUAAAGCACAACAACAAAAAAAUCUUGAAAUUGCUCAAAAACAAGCACCAAGCAUCAUUAAUAGCAAUAAUAGUAGUAACAAUAAAUCUUCAAGAAGAUUAGAAUUACAACGACAGAUUGCAAUCACUAAAACUUCAACUGCCAGUGUUGGUAAAUUUGAAAAACAAUUAGAUAAUGAACCAAAAUUAAAGGAUAAUGAAAAUAUAUCUAAUGAAUCUGAUGAUUACGAUGAUUAUGAUUCAGAUGAAGAAGCAAUUUUGAAUAUUAAGUUGGAUGAUGACUAUGAAAAAGAGGAGGAAGAUGAAGAGGAGGAAAAAAAGUCAUCCAAAAAAUCAAUCAAUCAUAAUAAUGAUGACAUCAGCAACGAUGACAAUGAUGAUAUACCAGACCUAACAUUUGAAAUGAUUACAAAAUGGCAAAAAUCUAUUACAGAGUCAAAAUCUUUGAAAUCAACACAUCGAUUAAUCCUUGCAUUUCGUGCAGCAGCUCACCUUAAUGAUGAUGAAAACGAAAAAACUUAUUCUUAUAAGAUAACUGAUCCGACAGUAUUUAAUAAUCUUCUUGUAAUAUGUAUGAAAUAUAUUCCUGGAGUUUUCAAUCAUCAUUUAAAGGUGGAAGAUACUGAUGUAUCAAAAAAUAAACUUCCAUGUUUUAAUCAUAAAUGGAAAACUCUUGAACUAAUGGUGAAAUCAUUUCUAAACAAUGUUCUUUAUAUUCUUAAACAAUUAACAGAUAAGAAUAUGAUUAAUUUUUUUACAAAAGAGUCUGAAAAAAUUCUUCAUUAUUAUGCAAGUAUUCCCAAAUUGGCAACUCAAUAUCUAAAGGCUGUUUUACAAAUUUGGGGAUUUGCUGAUGAUAAAUCUAGAAUUUUAAUUUUUUUGAAUAUUCAUAAACUUGCGAUUCUAGCACCACCACCAUUUAUUGAUUUUUGUUUGAAAACAACAGCUUUUACCAUACCAUCUAUUAAUCUUAUGGGUAAUUGUGCAGUCCAGAUUUAUGGUAUUGAUUUCAAAAGUUCAUAUCAAUCAGCUUUCAAUUAUAUAAGACAGUUAGCAAUUAAUCUCAGAAACGCAAUGAAUGUUAAGAGCAAGGAUAGUCAUAGAUUAAUAUAUAAUUGGCAAUUUAUUCAUUGUAUUGAAUAUUGGUCAAGAAUUUUAGGAACUUAUUGUGAUCAAAGAAGAAUAGCCGAAGGAGGGGAAUCUUCUUUACAAGAAUUAAUCUAUCCAUUUGUUCAAGUUACCAUUGGUGUAAUCAACUUAAACUCAACUGUAGAAUAUUUUCCACUUCGAUUCCAUUGUAUUCGUUCAUUAAUUAAUCUUAUUAAAACUACUGGAACUUUUAUCCCAUUGGCAACUUUUCUUUUUGAUAUAUUACAAUCAAAAGAAGUUGUACGUUCACCAAGACCAUCCACUUUGAAACCAUUAGAUUUCUCGAUCAUUCUCAAAGUUCCAAAGAAUUAUCUACAUACUAGAUCAUAUCAGGAUGGAAUAUGCGAAGAGUUAUUUGAAUCAUUUUUAGAGUAUUAUGCUUGUUUUUGUAAAUCAAUAAGUUUUCCUGAAUUGAUAAUACCUGGAGUCGUUCAAUUGAAACGUCACAUUAAGCACUCUUCAAAUUUUAAAUUCAACAAACAAUUACAACAACUUAACGAAAAGCUUGAACAAAAUUCCAAGUAUAUUGAACAACAACGUUCAAAAGUUGAUUUCAGUCCAAAUAAUUUAACUCAACUGAGAUCCUUUUUGAAAGAUAUAAGUCCUGAUUCCACUCCACUUGGUAAAUUUGCAAAAUCAAUGAGAUUAUUAAAAGAGCAACAAAAACAACCAUUAAAGAUGGAUAUAGAUGGUAAAUAG